AAUUAAGAUGGACUCCAAAGUUAAGAAAUGUCAGCAUGGGGCUUGUCGAGCCCCUGCUCAGGCGUACUUGAAUGCUAAAGGGAUUUAUGUAUGUGGCAAAGAUAUGGCCGAGCAUUAUUACGAUGACGAAUCUACUCAUCUAGUCACUCCAAAACAAAUAAAUAACCUGAUUAAAGCUAUCAUGAUUCUUUCUAAGGAGAUGCUUGUAUUUUCACAAAGAAUAGACCAAGUUGAAUAUGCCGAAAAAUACGCUAAUCUUGCGCAUUUUGUUGAGGACUCUGUCAGUCACAUUGCUAAGAAACUUGAAGUCUUUACUAGGAAAGGAAAGCUCUACAAAUUGCCGUCUUUACUGCAAGAUGCAAAGAAUCUAAAAGAGCAAAUUGUCAGCGAUGAGUUAUACCUGAAGUUCUGUGUUCCAAGCCAUUGGGAACAUAUAACUAAAAUCAGUGAAGGUGUUGCUGACAAGAGCCAGGAACUGACAGUUAAAGAGCUAACUGAGAAGUAUGACUACUUGGUUUCAAUUACCUCAGCUGCUUUGCGAAAACAAAGGGAUGAAAAGACCAAACAAACCAACCAAGAGAUUGCCAAAUACAAACGCCAAGCGCAAGAUAUAAGCAUUUAGAAUGGAGCAUAAAAUCAAGGAGCUUACAGAGGAAUUUUCUAACAAAGAAGAGCUUCUUAAAGAGAAGAUCCUAAACAAUAAAACUUCAAGUGAGUCCCACAAUAAGACAAAAGAAAAGUCCUUAUCCCAAGAAAUCGAUAAGUGAAAGAUCACCUGUGAAGAAAAAUUACUUAACCAAGAAAUCGAAUUUAGCCAAGAAAUGAAAAGGAAGGAAGACUUGUUUAAAAAGAAGCUUAAUGAUAGAGAGAAGUCAUGGAAACUUAAACUGGAUCUUCAAGAACAGGAAAUACUAAAAGAGAGACAUGAGAAAACAGAGCUUGUCAAAAAAUUCUCAGGUAGAAAGAGCCAAUCAGAAAUUGUUGAAGAGCUAGAAAAUCUCCAUCAAAAAGAACAAGUAAAACUUCAGCAAGAGAACGAAGAUCUCGAAGAACAAAAUCUAAGGAAAGAUACGAUGAUCGAAGAACUUAUGAGAGAGAUUAGAUGCAAUAAAGAAGAUUUAGCUGCAAUGAAUGAAGAUCUUAGUCAAGCCAAAAAGGAUCUACAAAUUCGUGUGGGAAGAUACACAAUCAAAAGCUUCAGUAAAGUUUGUGCUAGAAUUAACAAGGAGAUGGAGGGACCCUUAAGCCCGAAGAAAAUAGUUUUUACUCAACACACUGAUAAGAUGUGUCUGACUCCUUCAAAGGAAAUUCACUAUAAGUUAUUUAAAGAAAUAAAUAUGAUCUUGCCUGAUCUAAAGGUACUUGAGCUCCAUAAAGUGCCUGAAGAAUGUAAAGAUCUUGUCAAAGGAUUCCUCCAUUUUAAUUUCCCUGAUAGGGUUGACAGAUUUGUUUUUAAGCCUACAUCUGAAUGUAUCCCUCUAGAUGAAUACAUUAAAAAAAUCCUAUUGGUCAGCCCCAGAGUGAAGAAAGAGUUAGUUUUGCAUAACUUUGAGAUAAGUCAGGAUUUACUAAUUUCCCUUCUUUCAAAAAAUAAGAAAAAGAAAAUAAUAAGACUUAUUAACUGAGAGAUCGAUCUUUCAAAGGUGGUCGAUUUCAAAGAUACACUGAAAGGAGCAACUAUAAAGUGAAUCGAUUUGGAAGGAUGUGGAAGAUUAUGUCUCGGCAACUGGGGAUCUUUCCCAACCAGAUUCAAAUACCUUAUAAAAAGUCUUGGAGAAUGAAAAGACUUGAAGAGAAGCUUAUUAAACCUAGAUCUGAACGAAUGUGGUCUUUCUGAUGAAGAUAUAAGUACUAUCUUGGACAAAUACGGAUUUGGUUCAGUCAAAUUUGCAUCAGAUUACAAAGCAUGGAAUGCUCAUCGUACUCCUUAA